UGAUCUAAUCCACGAGCCCAAGCUCCCGUCUUUUUACUUCAUUUUAUCUUCAACCCUCCGAACAAAGGAACCUCGAACCAAUCCCAAUUCCCAGCCAUGGUGAAAACGAAGAAAGAGCUUCUGGCAUCAGCGCCAUGGAGAGCCGACCCUCAAGAAAGGGAUGAGAAAUUCAAAGACGCACGGCUGAAGGUGACGUCACAGCCAGGUUCAACACCCACAAUGCACGUCCCUGGAAAGAAGAAGUUUAACUCCAACAAUGCUAACGUUGGAGAAGAAGAUUCCCUCACUGAAAUCGACCCGGAGCUGCGUUACAGCUUUCAGCGUAAUUUCCAGUUCCUUCAACGUGUAUUUAGCAUCGAUACCAUUGUCAAGCCUCUUCCACCUGCAAUGGCAUACAAUGUUUCCCGGAAUUUGACCUUUUUCACAAGGAUCUUCACACAGUUCUUUGAUCCGGAAGGUAUAGCUGCUGCGCAAAAAUCUCUUGGACUGGGUCAGGAAGACAAAGUCCGGAAUGUCCGCUAAUUUUUGGUUGAUCUGGAGGUGAUGUGAACUGUUUUCCUUAAAAAAGAACUUAGCGAUCAUUAUGAUUGCUGUUAGUGUGUCCUGCUUGCACACCCAUACCUUUUGUGAUUAUGAUAGGCUUUUCAUGAUACCUGAAGUCCAAAACUAUGCAAUGUUAUGUUCCUGAUAAUGUUGAGAAAGCCCUGGAACGGGAAUAGUCACUUCACUUUA